AUGUCCUCUGACUUUUAUUUCAGAAAAUGGAAACAAACCCUUAUUCACUUAGAAGAUUUAGUACAACUCGACUUAGAAUAUCAGAGUAGCAAAGAACAUGAUAAAACUAUUUGCGCGGCUGUGAUGCGGCUAACUGGUAUACUCGGACGGUACAAUCAGCUGCACAACGAAGCAUUGGAGUGCCUGCAACAAAAUUUGCAAGUACAAAAAGUCCACUACAUAGCUGAUGUGGUCAAAGCCAUCACUAAAAGGAUUUUAGAAUUAAAACACAAUAUUAGAAAACUGGAAUGCAGCAACAUACAAUUCAUGGGGCACGGUCUCGCCAAUCAUAAGUUGACACCAAUGGAUGCUGAAUUGUCUGAAUUUCCACCUCAUGUAAAAAGGCCUGAACAUAUAGAAUUACUUAUUGAAGAAGCAUUUAAAAAAUCAGAAGAAAGGAAACAAGAACUGCGGAGAUUAGCUUUAGAGUCAGAACAAUUGAAAAAUAAUGAAUCCAGGCCUGUAACAAAUUGGUGGGACGAUGAACAACAGGAAGAAAAUGAAAGUUAUCAAGAAUCUAUUACAGAAAAAGAAUCAGAAGAAACGCUGCAAAGAAAACAAAUGGCAGCCAUAAUUCAAGCACACGAACGCUCUCGGGCUUACUUUGAAAUAAAGAGAAAAAGAAAAUUACAGUUUAAAGAAUAUGAAUUAUUGGGAAUGCAAUUAAAUCGAAAACUCAAUAAAGAUCCUUCUAAUAAUAAUGACGAGGUAAGGUCAGAAAAGCUUAGUUUCGACCGAAUGCAGCGCAGGAAAAUCAUCGAGCUAGAAUGGCGGGACUCGUGUGAGAAACUUAAACAAGAAUUUAUGAAAAGAAAGUUGGACGAUGUAGCAGAAAACUACAGAGAUUUUGUUAGAUGUUGGUUUAGGAAAUGUGAAAUAGUAUCAGUUCUGAUAAUGAAAGAGGAGUUGCCUGAUCCAGUCGAAUGGUGGGAACAAUAUGAACAAUAUUUAGCGGAUAAGAAAUCUAACAAAAAUCAAACAGCCAUGCAAAAGAAAUACGAAGAGAUGCAAGCUAAAGAAGAAGCCAUGAUGAAAAAGAGAGAAGAGCUUAUAAAGAAAAAACUACAAACUGAACUAAUGCGAAAACUUAUGAAGAACCCGACUCUACAUCCUGGCUAUAUUUAUCCGCAAUCUAAAAAAACUAAUCAUAUUUUAGAGGUCAUUAAAUGCUAUAAUGAUGAUUGGAGUCAACUUGACUUGCUAAAUUCUUUGGAUGUCAAAGAAAGAUUUGUACAUGAUGUUGAUAUUAAUAACGUGUACGCAGAAAUUAGAAAAGAAAUUAUGAACGCGGUAAACGAUGACAUGAGAGAAGAGUUGAAACUUCUAAAAAAAGCACUCAAAAACGAUUACGAAAACAUGGAUGAAAAAUUGCCAGAACCAAUGCGUAAAGAUAAGUAUAUCUUUUUUAGUAACCACUCAGUGCCUGCAGAUUUGAAUGUAGCUGGCUUGGCAUUCGUCCUUCGUGGAUACAGCUAUGGAUAUCUAAAGAAGGCUCUCACAGACUUCUUAUCUCCCGAACGCGUAGUAAAAAUUGCCGCAUAUGGAUUGUUUCCACAAGAAAUCUACGAUUACAUUAUAAAUGAUGCAGAAAAUAAAAUAGAAUAUGAAAAAUAUCAAAAAUGGUAUUACGACCAAGCCCAUUGGGGCAAGAAAGAGAAAAAGCAUAUAAUGGAACAAAGAGAGUACAAAGAAGCAUUAAUAAUGUACCAGGAGAGAAUCAAGAAGAAGAAUAAUCAGCAGCAUAAAUAA